AUGGACUACGCGGCGCGCCGCUUCCGCCGCAGGGCGAUGGCGCUGGUGGACGUGCUGCUGCCCCACGUGUACACGCGGAGCUGCGUGGAGCGCUGCCGCGACGUGCUGGGGGGCCUGCUGCGCGCCCGGUCGCGCCUGCGGGUGGCCUCGCUGGGCGGCGGGCCCGGGUGCGACUUCGCGGCCAGCCUCCACGUCGCUGGCGCGGCGCCCGCCGCCCUAGGCCUCGGCGUGGCGCCGGCGGCGGUGACCUGCACGGUCCUCGACUUCGAGCCGGCCUGGGAGAGCUGCGUGCGCGCGGUCGACGGCUCCCUGAGGGGCGCGGGCUCCCGCGUGGGCCUGGAGCCGUGCGACCUGACGCAGCCCUUCGAGGGAGGCGUCAACGCGCGGCUGCGGGAGGCCGUGCUGGAGGCGCACCUGGUCACCUUCUGCUACGUCCUGCACGAGAUUGCCGCGGCGCUGCUGCGCGAGGGGGGUUCGCCGGCGGCCGCCCUGCUCGGGGGCGCCGUCCCGGGCGUGCUGGCGCACGCGGCGCCGGGCGCGGUGGUGGUGGCAUUGGACGCCAGCGGAUUUCGGGGGCAACGAGAGGGGGGGACGGAGGAUAGCCUCCAGGGGUAG